CAAAUCCUCUGUUCAUACAUUUAGAGGCGUCUGGAGCCAUGCCACCGAGAAAGAGCAAAGAUAAAGAGGUUCAACCAGCCCAGGCUGAACAUGCAGAUGACAGUCUAGUUUACUCAGAGGGUGAGAAUGAUCCAGUUGUUCCUCCUUUUUUAUCACCCUUCGUGGAGCGAUCUUAUGGUAAUCCAAUUUUCAAAGAAAGGGAGGCAGACCGUGGGGGUGACUUUGCUAAGUCAAGUAAUAUGUUUAGAGGUAUGAUGGAACGUCUAGAUAUAGCAUUCAAAGAAAAGAACCAGACUAUGCAGAAACUUGUUGAGAGUCAAGCAGAGUCUGCCAGACAUCAGGAAGAGAUAAUCAGACAAUGUAUGGAAGACAUGAGACGGGUCUUUGAAGAAGGCACUAGGGUGAUGCGAGAAACUGGGGAAGAAAGUCGUAGAACACUACAGGCUGUUUCAAAACAAGUGGUUGAACAAGUGCAACAGCCUAGACCUGAGAUCCCUCCUCCAGUCGUUGAAAUGCCCAGACAGAUUCAAGAAGCCCCAAUCCCAGCACUCGGGGGGCUAGGGAAUCAGCCUCAUCCUAACAUUCAACAGCAGAAUUUCUUCAUGGGUGAAGGACAAAGACAGCAUGAACCAAUGGAGGCUGCUGCUCCUGUUGCAGACCAUGGCCAUCAACCUCAGCAUAAGUAUAUUAUGCCAGCUAGGAAGGGAAAUGUGGGUCCUCAUCAUCAACCUUGUCCAAGGGACUUUUUCCAACCACAAGUUCCUCCAGCCCAGCUAGUACGAUGUGGUCUACAGAAUCAACCAGCUCAAUUCUUCAAUAGAGACUAUGGGCCAGCCUUGAGGCCAUUGGAAAAGAUUGAUAAGGACAUCUUGAAAUUUCCAGACAAAGCGAAGGAAACUAUGGGAGUAGAAGCAGAUCCUUUUCCAGCUGUGUCUGUCGGCGUGAAUGUUGUAGACCUCAGGAGCGUUGCCAGAAAUUGUAGUCUGCCUUAUGCUCAAAGGAACCUUGCUACCGAAGACUUGAGGUGGGUGCUUGAGGCACAGAGAUCCAGACAUAGCAGGAGCGUCAAGUCAGACCCACAGAGGCUCAGGGGAACCUUGAGGCGCAAACUGCAACGCAAGAGGGCUGAAGAGCGAAAAAGACAACAGAAGCAGAUGGGGGCUGAGGGAAGUUCGUCUCGCAGACCACGCCAACCUACCAAAAGGAACAUGGUGUGGGUGAGAAAAGAGAAAAAUGAGACUGUAACCCAGACUCUACCGAAGGAGGAUGACCAAUCUCCAACCUCUCCAAAGGUGGCAACUGUCAUUCUGAGUCCAGACGGAGUUUUGAAAGCAACUUUUGAAGCACAAGAACAGUCUGGGAAUCGUGGAUCUGAAUCAAAAGAAGAUGGCACUAUUCAUUUUGGGGAAUUCUCAGUGAAUUUGUCAUGUCUGGUGUUGACAUUACCCUUGGUUUUCCAAGCCAAGAAGGAGGAGGAACCAAUCGUCUACGAGUUUCCAAAACAGACAGAAGAAGAGGUAAUCGUUGUUCCAGCUCAAGAUGCUGAAGAGAAGGACAUGGCUGACAAAAUUGUGUUUGAAAAACCAGAAGAAAAAAUGGCCAGACACAUUAGGCCACUUUAUAUCAAUGCUCACAUGGAUGGGACUCCAAUCAGCCGUGUCUUGGUGGAUAAUGGAGCUGCAGUCAAUGUCCUUCCAACUUGCAUGCUCUACAAAAUAGGCAAGUCUCUUGAUGAUUUAGUGUAUACUGAGGUUACAAUUAGUGAUUUUACAAGAGGGGUAAAUCGUUCAAGGGGUGUGUUGCCUGUUGAAUUAACAGUGGGAAAUAGGACACUGAUGUCUGCGUUUUUUGUAGUGGAUACUGUUGCUACUUAUAAUGCACUGUUGGGGCGUGACUGGAUUCAUUCAAGUUGGUGUGUUCCUUCUUCACUUCACCAGAAACUGAUUUUCUGGAAUGGUGGCAAAGCUGAGGUGGUGUCUGCAGAUGAUAAGCUUUUUUCAGCCAAUACCUACCUGGUGGAGGCUAGAUAUUAUGAAGAAGACAUUGGCACCAUUCGGUUUUUUGGGAUGGAUAGACAUGGGAAGCCGAUUGGGAUAACAGCAUGCAGCAGACCGUCAUUGUCUAAGCGUGUUGUAGAGGAAGUCUGUGAGAAGGCAGACCGAGGUGAUGAAAUAACUUUGGAGGAGCUGGAUCUGGCCCCAGCCAAGUUGGAUGAUCUAAAAGCUGAAGUUCAAGACCCACUGGAGGAGAUCAAUCUAGGGUCUGAAAGUGAACCAAAGCUGGAUUCAUUCGGACUUGCAGACUUGUUAGUUGAUGGAGUAGCCCGUCACAAAAUUCUAUCUUUCAUGGAUGGCCAUAGUGGGUACAACCAAAUUUUUAUUGCAGACGCAGACGUUCCAGAAACAACAUUUCGAUGCCUAGGUGCUGUUAGAACUUUUGAAUGGGUUGUGCUGCCAUUUGGUCUGAAGAAUGCUGGAACUACCUAUCAAAGAGCCAUGAAUGCAAUUUUUCAUGAUAUGAUUGGUAAAUUCAAGGAGAUUUAUAUUGAUGAUGUUGUGGUGAAGUCACAUGGGGAAGCAGACCACCUGGUCCAUUUGAGGAAAGCUUUUGAGCGCAUGAGGCAACAUGACUUGAAAAUGAACCCACUAAAGUGUGCCUUUGGAGUGUCUGUGGGUAACUUCCUUGGGUACUUGGUGCAUGAGCGUGGUCUAGAGGUUGACAAGAACAAAGCCAGGGCUGUGAUUGAGGCGAAACCACCAAUCUGCCUUUGAUAUGAUAAAGCGGUACUUAUCCAGACCACUAGUACUUGUACUGCUUGUGAAAAAUAAACCUUUAAUUUUGUAUAUAUUCGCCGUAGACGAGUCCAGAGGAUGUCUGCUAGCGUAGGAAAAUGAUAAAAAACAGGAGCAGGCUGUGUAUUACUUGAGUUGAUGUUUGAUCCAGACCAAAGUGAAAUAUUCUUUGGUCGAAAAGUUGUGUCUUGCUCUCUUUUUUGCUGCAAUAAAAUUUAGACAUUAUU